AGCUCGACCUUUUCGGAGGAAGAGCGAGCGAAGCAGGUGAUCCAACGUGCGAGCGAGCGAGCCACAGACGGGAGGCGUCGCACCCGCUCCUUUGGCCACCAACACCCAGAGUGCCAGUAUUCGAGAGCCGUCGUCGCGCCGCUAAGAGUCCGUCGUGCGUCGGUCGCCUGGGCGGAGCCAAGGCUAAGGCCGCCUUUGUUGGCGCGCCAAGCUUCCCCCUCCGCCGUCCUUCGUCUGAGGCAGGCAGGAGGACCGGGGCUAGCAGGACGACGCAUACGACUAGGGGAGGACAUCUGAGGGAGUCGAAGUGUCACAAGGCUGCUUUGUUGCGAUGCCCGCCACGCAUCCACCAGAGCAUGAUGGCCCUUCGUCGUUGAGACCCGUAGGCGCGAUCCCGGCGAGCAACGACGGCGCCAAUGGUGUACCUUUGACGUCGCAUGCAUACCAAAAUGGCCAAGGCCCAGCCACUCCAAACAAGAUGGCAGUAUCGUCCAAGAUGCCGCCGUCUGCUGAGGCGCAACCCAACAAGGGCAAGGCGCCAGCGUCCAGUGAUGCGUCUCCAAACAGCAGCUCUCGCUCCUCAACACUCGACCCUUCCCUCGCACCCUUUGCGCAGUCGUCAAAGGCUGCGUUUGCCAAAGCUCUGAGCGAGGAUCAGAGGGCAGCCCUGCAGCCCGACUAUCAGACAGCUUUCACGAGCGUAAAUGACGUGGUUAAGAGGCUCCUGCCCUACCAUGUUUUCCAGAUCAGCGAGGCCGAUCUCCGCUACGCGAUGAGAGAUACCGCGGAAGAGGAGGAAGUACCAGUGAAGGAUGAGGUCGAUGUUGCGGUAACAGACAGAGGAGAAGGGUCUUCGAAGGGAACGACAGCGCUGGAACGGAAUCGCAAGCGGACCAGGAGCGAGGUCAUGGAAGACGAUGAACAGGCGCUUCUGCGAUAUCCCUCUCCGAGCACGACCAAACGGCUAUGGGAACGUUAUGUGGGCAUCAAGGAGAGAGCCUCGAAGCUGCAACAGAGGCUAGUGGGGGACGUGGCAAAGGACGACGUUGGUCCUGCCCCCUUUGCAGAGGAGAUGGUCGUUCACAUUCUCCGUCUGGCCCUUCAACACGACCGGGAAGAGGGGGCAGCAGCCUCGGAAAGGCUUCGUUUGGCAAAGGAAGAAGCCAUUGCUGCAGGCUUCCAGUGGGAAGACUUGGUCCGUGUUGGCGCGAUCGAAAGGGGUACUCACCCCUUCCUACCGGGGUCGUCGUCUAGCUCCAGCACACCGACCUCGACGCCCCAGGGGAGCGGCACAAGUUAUCAAUCGCCGUAUGCGCGACCCGGCUACCCGUCGAAUCCCUUAACGCCACAGGGUGUCCCCUUUGCAUCACCAUACACGCCCACCCCGCCUCCCAUGAAGAUCAGCAAACCGCGUGGGCGACCUCGAAAGGAUCGAAGCGGACAGAGCAUGGUGAUGCCUUCGCCAAGGAACGUCGUGCCUCCAUUUUCUUCCUCUCCAGGAUACGCCUCGAGCAAUCGACCGAUGAGCUUCUUGCAAAACCGGCCUCCUGCGCAAAGGCCUUCUUUCACGCCGACGACUACAAGACCCGCCACUACAAGUACAACAAGUUCGACGCCUGGUAAUAACUCCUCAGCAAAUUUAUCCACUACUCCAGCCUCGCCUCGUCCAACGACUACCCCGGUCCCCCUGGUCCUACCCCUAUCCACACUGAGCCGGCUAUCAGAGCUGGGCAUUGCUCCUGUACCGGCACCACACCUCUUGCCUGCCAUCACGGCGCAGCAGGCCUAUGCGGCGGCUGUGGCGAGUGGAAAGAGACCACCAGCACCACCGGUGGGAGGCAACAGCACUGCUCCACGGGCGGCCCCCGUCAAUCAAAGUGAGCCUGCGUUGCUGAUGGGCAUAACGGAGGCGCCGCUAUCUGCCGCACAAAAGGCCUCGCUACCGGCAGGCAGCACUUCGACGGUGCAGCAGAUGCUACACGUGUCUGUCGUGCUCAACAAGCUCAACCCUCGUCAGCUGUCCGGACUGGCAGCCUUGAUGCAGUCGCUCCAGCAGCAGAGCCCAAAUCCGUCCAGCGCUGCGGGAAGUCCCCCGACCAGCUCCCCCACGCGGCCCGCAGCAGCAGCUAGCCCUGCCUCAACGACGGCCGCGGCAGCCGCAGCUGCCAAUGCAGUGGCAGCAGCGUCCUCUUCCUCGCUACCCUCGAGGCCACCAAGCAGUACCAAUCCCAACAUCAAGCCUUAGAAUGUAUUUGUCCUAUUUUGCACUUUUACUGUGACCACUUUGUCGCCGUGUUGAUUAUGGAAGAGGAGGAGGUGUGCUGGUACGGAAGCGAGAGAGGGUGUCUUGAGUGCCUGCGAGCUCAGGUCGCGAUAACAACUAUGGCGACUAGGACAUGACACUCGUCACACGAUGGCAAGGCCUACGCAGUAUGAUACAUUUUCAUACCAACAGGCUGCCAAUGGAGUCC